AUAAUUAAAAUUUAAAUAGCGGUAAACGAAAAAACAUCCUAUCCACAAAAUCCCCAAUUUUUUCAGACAGCAGAAACAGAUAUUUCUGAAAGCUUAGUUUGUUUUUCAGCAGCCAUGUCGGAACGUUCGGGUUUGCUAGCAGCUGAAAAUCUCGUCAACAAUUUCGUGGAAUCGUUUGCGGAUAGCAUUCCCAAAGAGAGCUCGUCGACAUUCUUCGAAAGGAGUGAAAAAUCAUCAGUUUCAGAGUCAUUUAAUCGGCUCUUUGGACGCCAGAAACCCGUCCAUCAUCUGCUCGGUGGAGGCAAAUCUGCCGAUGUCUUAUUGUGGAGAAACAAGCGGAUUUCUGUGGGCGUUCUUGCUGUUGCCACAUUAGUAUGGCUGCUUUUAGAAUGGCUGGAAUACCACUUGCUGACGCUGAUUUGCAUCGGCCUGGUAUUUUGUAUGACGAUCUUAUUUCUCUUGUCGAAUGCUUCUUUUUUCCUCAACAGGUCUGCUCCAAGCGUUCCGCGAAUUUCCAUUCCUGAGCAAAUCUUUAUUGAUGCUGCUGUUAAUAUAAGAAAUGAAGUGAAUAUGUUCUUAAGCUUUCUACAAAAUGUUGCAGUAGGGAAAGACGUCAAGAAAUUUCUUGUGGUUGCAGGAAGCUUGUUUAUUACUGGUAUAAUUGGCAGUUAUUGCAACUUUAUAACAAUAGUGUACAUAGGGUUGGUCGCUGCACAUAUAUUGCCCGUGUUGUAUGAGAAACAUGAGGACAAAGUAGAUUCAUUUAUUUCUAAUGCUUGGGAUCAAACGAAGCGGAAUUAUGGGCGUGUUGGUUCCCAAGUCCUUGCGAGGAUACCAAAGGGAAACAAAUCUCAUUGAGGAGUGCGCUAGUUUUUAUUGUUGGGGACCUUUGCAUAUUUUGCACUAUUGAUCUAAAAGGUCGCAUGAUUGGUGUGUAGCUUCAGUACAGUACAUUUUAUUUCUGAUAAGCUAUUGCUUGCCAAUCAGUGACCUUGUAAACUCUAGUUAAUCUUUCUUCUAGAAACUUUACAUCAUAUGGAACUGGCUUACAUAACAAGGAGGCUUUCUUUUUAUUUUAA